AUGUCUUUGCGCGGGCCCAUGCGGCGGUCCCACCUUCGGCAGGUGAGUGCCGCCAGCUUGGAGACCCUUUCGACCAUCCACACCGAGGCAUCCUAUCGCGAACAUGGCCCCACGCCAGAUGAACGAACCGUCAGGCUAUCCGCCAGCCUGGCCCGCCAUCAAUGCACGCUCUGGGUACAUGAUGAGAUGUUUUCAAGGGAGGAGAUACUGUUGAAUCCGUCGGCAUUUGGAGAAAGCGGCGUCCAGGUCGGGGAUGUGGUCGAGAUUCUACCCGUACGUCCAUCUGGGGAUACAAUUCAUUCUACUUUAAAGCCGGACGCGGGUUUGAAGACAGCCCGAGAAAGUCAUGCAGACUUGAGCUUGGGCUCACAAUCCGAAAACACGUCCAAGUUCAAGACGCCAUUGCAAAGCCGAUGCUUGUUUGUGGUGAAGCCCUUGCCUCAAGAUGUGAAGACGCGCCAUCCCAAGUUGGAGAUCUCGGUUACCAGCAGCGUGGCCAAUAUUUUCGGCUACAAGAACAGAACCCAGGUCACGCUAUCUAUUGUCGAACGCGAACAAUGCUCCGCGUCUCAUGUCGACAUUUCUUUCCGUGACCAGUACAUGGUACGGUCCGAUAUGUGGCGAUUGGUCAUGUCGGAGCUCGUCAAUAAGAUUGUUUACAAGGGGCAGAAAAUUAUGUUCAUGGGCAGCAUCAAGGCGACUGUAAAAAACAUUUUCAUACGAGAAAAGAAGGUCCUGUCGGGGUAUUUUGCACCUCAUACAAUUCCUGUCUUCCGCAGCGAGUCGGCGAAGUAUGUUUUGUUCAUUCAGAUGUCUAGGGAAAUGUGGGACUUCGACUCUGAAGGAUCUGGAGACAUUUUAUUCAGCCGCGUGAUCAACGGGUUUCUGCCAGAGCUCUUCAAGCGAUGGGCCAACUCUGAUGCAAAACAUUUGGUCACCAUUGUGCUUUUCACACGAGUUGAAUACGACGUCACUGCACACCCAAGUAUUUCACAGCUCAAUCCUGGUUUAGCAGGUAGCUCGGGUCCGAACAAUUUUCCAACUCGAGACUUUUAUCGAGUCGUGGUGAAUGACAUGGCAAGCGGUCAUUGGACAACGAUCUUGGAUGAGCUCAAAAAAAAUUUUAGAACUUUUUUGAGAGAUGUUUCGAUUCUGAAAUCGGAUGACCUGGAUGCUGCCGUUGGGAGCGGCAUCAAGAUCCCUUCCAGGCCACACACCGCAACAAUCGCCGGACGUCCCAGUACAGCUUUGCGAGGCAAUAUUCUCGAGGCCAUUCAUCUUGCCUCCGCACAUCUGGCCUAUACCCAUAUCGAUCGAGAUAUGGUUCAUACAGGGACAUCAAUCAUCGUAAUCACCCCGGGAAGUGGUGUGUUCGAGGUGUCUUACGAGUCUCUAGCCUCUACAACAGAAGCGUUGACAAAUCGAGGCAUAGCCAUUGAUCUGGUCUGCUUGAGUCCAAUGCCUCUUCACUCUGUACCUCUCUUCAAAUAUCGAGCACCGGUAGAGCGGCCAUCUGGUUCUUCAAUGAGUCCCGUCGAAACGCCAAAAUUAUCCCCCGAGGUCCAGCAUUCGAUAUCCAGUCUCGUCAGCAGGUCCUCUUACCUCUCUCCAAGUUCUUAUCUCUCCGCCACCCGGAUGCGUGAGCGAGGCUUGCCUAGAUCUAGAGAAUGGAAUUACGGCAUUCCUCACUGGCUCGAUAUAUCAUAUUGGAAUCCCGAAACCUAUCGAGAAGCCCGCCGUAUCCUGAAAAACGACCCCAAUGCCCCAAUCCCACACACCGUCACUCGUCCGCACAAAGCUUUUACCCCACGAGUACGUAUGUAUGAGAUUCAAAUGAUGGGCGUCAUGGAGAGUGAGCAAUCCAAUAUAUCCAUCCCUUAUCUCCUCGAGGGACGUGAUAUGGCAAAAUCCCGGGCUUGGCUGGAACCGACCCCGACAGCUCGUGCUCCCCCAAGAGCGCGAUUUGCCAGCCCCUCAUCCCUGAAGGUGCAACUGAACAGCCUGCGACCAGAGUCUUUUAUUGAAAAUGCUACGGAUCAGAGCGAAACCCCAACUAAAGAGCCGCGCAAGUCUCGGCAAUCUGUCAUGGCCUGGAUGGAUCAAUAUGAUGAUAAUCUGUUUGCCACAAGUACUAAGAGAAAGGACGCUCCCAAGCCUAAAAACAAGCGUCUGAGCGAGCCGGAGGUUCAAGCCUCGGGAGCGCAUGAACGAAUAUCGGCGCGAUCUGUCUUGCAUCUACGAGAGCAUGAGAAUAGCAUAGCUGAGGGUGGCCAAGCACCGCGGGCUGGGCCCCGAAGAAUCGAUGGAUCUAUCCCUCCUAGCAAGAACACAGUCUCUUCAAAGAGUACUAGUUUGUCACCGAAAAAGUCAGCAUUGAAGACUAAGGCAGCACCACCCUCGCGAAUUUCUCGAACUAUCAGCUUUGCGCUUCGGGGCUUGAUUUCCACUCCUCCGAGGGCUCAGGCAAGCACUGGAGUUCAUGUAGAGCAUGCAAGCGCACUUCCAAUGUCCAACCAACGAUCAUCUGGAGGAACCUUUUCUGACACCAAAAGUAUCAUUUCCUUGAGUCCAUCCGAAACUACGUCAACGGCGACCAUCACUGACGGAGCAUCCCCACCAUCUACCCCUCCGAGGCUUUCAAAUAAUACCCGGUUGGCUCCAUCCAAGCCAAUUUCAAUCAAGACCCCAUCGAAAAAGCCAUCAGACAGUUCAGAGCGACUAGAACCAGGAAGAGCGCGGGGCUCAUUAUCGACGUCUGCAACAGAGACGCCCUUUAUAAAUCGUGAUGAGGGACCAGGUCGACAUAACGACCAAAAAUUCGAGAUCACCCUGAAUCACAAUUCGCGUGAUACUUCAAGGAACUCACCUGGUAAGGCUCUAGCACCCUGGGUGCGAUCGGUCAAUCCUUGCAACACUCCGAAAGAUGUAUUACGCAAGACCAGCUGGUUUGGUCGUUGGCAACAUGCAUAUCCUCGUCCCCCUCACGUUGCGGUGGUCAAAUGGAAGAGCCUGAAAUCCCCUGCAGUGCUGCCUUUGACCACAGAAGAAUUUCCAACCUCAGUGGAACUUGCCUCAGAUUAUUUACAAACACCUUAUCGUGUCUUCGCGAAUGACGAUACGGAUGGGAUUGAGGCACCAAAAACUCGAGGGUUCCUCCUACGUGAAAUGAUAUCUCUUCGGUUUUCUCAUGGCUUUCAGAUUGUCGUGGGCAGAAAUGUGGCAGAGGUUACGGCGCAACCGGCUCUUGAAUCGCUCAAUGUUUUUGACACGAGAGGACUCGAGCGAGAUGGAGUUAUUGUUUUCCUCUCCAAGGGCAAUGCCAUUCAUCGUCUCAUAACUGUAGACGGAGGAGAAAUCGAGGUGACUCGCUUUACACAUCACACAGCAGCGGCACUCUUAUCACCCAAACAGUCUAAUUUUACGCUGUAUCAGCCGGCCAUGAGAACAAUUCUAAGCGAGGAGUAUGAGGUGAAAGACAUCAAGCUGGACCCCACUGCCGAAGAGUAUAAUUGGAAUCUUGCCGAUAAUUAUCUGGCUGGCCACCGGGAUUACAUUCACAACCCGGCACAACAACUGCAUUUCUGGCGGAUUCGCUAUGUGCUAAUUCCAAUGCAAUUGCACCCCCACUCUCGAAGACACCUCCAAUCUUUCAAUGAGGAUAACGAGGAAGAGAUUCAUCUACUUGGCAUCAGCCAACUAACUCACAUUUGGCAACGAAACAAAUAUGUGUCUCCCGAAGAAAAGCGAUUUGAGUCUGCCAACAAAAAGAGAGAUCAGAAUCCACUCAACAUCAUGUAUCAAACUCGAAACCCGUCUGAGGUUGUUGCAGCUGAGCUUGAUCGUGUACUGCUUACCGACCCUGGACUUGACAACCCGCCUACUCAGCUAUUACCCGAGGCAGAGCUGCUUGAGAGGUCUGGUCUCAAUGUCACGGCCCUUGCGCAAAUGAUUCAAGGUGAGAAGGGGGUGCGGAUGAUGGAUCGACGAUGGCAUUGGAGGUUACACUACAACUGUUUUAUUGGUUUUGAGCUCACUACUUGGUUGAUACAAAACUUCCGCGAUAUUGACAGCCGUGAGGAAGCAGUCGAGUUUGGCAACGAGCUUAUGCAACUCGGGAUAUUCCAGCACGUCGAGAGACGACACAAUUUCAGAGACGGUAACUACUUCUAUCAGAUUUGCGCUGAGCAUCGUGUCACGCGUCCUGAAUCCCGAGGUAGCUGGUUUCCUCAGCUUCGAUCGGACAAGUCUGUGCCUUCAACUCCGGCACUUGGGAAGGACUCACCUUCCAGUCUUCGAGCUCGCUCUGACAGCAUUGAUGAGCGCACUCCGCCAACGCCAACUACUCCAUCCAAGCCCAAGAACAAAGUUGCUAUCAUGUUGUCUAAAACUUUGAAGUACGAUGUGGACAGUCGCAAGCGGUCCAAUCGCCCUGAGGUGAUCGAUCUUCACUACGACCGGCUGCACAAUCCCGAGAAUUGCUUCCACAUCGAGCUUAGCUGGAUGAGUACAACACCAAAGUUGAUCGAAGACACCAUGCACUCUUGGGCGUCCACCGCGGAGAAGUUUGGUCUGAAGCUGGUUCAGGUGCCUAUAGCUGAGGCCUGCGCCAUUGACAAGACACGGCCGUUUCGAAAGCCUUACCGGGUGACAUUGAAGGUUCCACCACCCAAGGGUCCAGUCCAUCCAGUGUUCAACAACGCAUCUUUUGCACAGCCAGGACCGCCCGACCGCCUUUACUACCAAAAGUGUAUCUUACGCAAGUUCGACUUUGUUCUGGAUUUCGAAGCUUCCAGCGAAUUUCCGGCAGAUGUCGAAGUCUCAUAUUCUUGGGGUAAGCCCGACUACAAGUACUCGCAGUUCAUCCACCGCACGGGUAGUCUAGUUGCCCAGAUCACAGACGAAGGCGACUUUCUGUUCCUCGCGAACCGACUGGUCAGCACCCGAGGCGUUCCGAGCAGAGACGCAGGUCGGUAUGAUCGUAGUCGUGCACAAAACCACGAUCCUCUCGACCGCCUCUCUCCACGUCUGUCACCAUUGACCCGUCCUCUGCACGACAUUGGAAGUCCUCUACCUACGCCAGGUGCACCGAGCAUCGAUUCCGCAAAUCUGUACCGUGCGCCAGAGCAUUUCCUCAACGGUAUAGUUGAUUUCUGUAAGGAUGCAGCAGCACUCGAGCAGUUCUAUAGCGAGUCUCAUGUUCGUCGUCCCGCUUCCACGAAGGUCGAGCCUGCCACUGCUCAUCUCAUGGAUACCGCCAUUCCGUCCCUUGAGCUUCCAGCUAGUGUUGUCAGCCAUCAUAUCUCGCCUCCGCCUUGCUUACCCUCUAGAGUGUAUGGAGAGUCCCGCGAGUCACGAGACGGACUGAAGUCUCCAGAAUUGACCCGAGCGAGGGCCCGAGGCGAGACAACAAUUUCGGUCCAACUGACCUCUCCACAAGAGGGUAUCAUCGGCGUGAAACUGGUGCAUUGGGCAGGACAAGUUGACAAUGGACCACAUUAUGAGAUUGCCAAGUCUACCGGACACACCAAUAUCAACCAUAACAAAACCACCAAUUUCCUGAACUAUGGCACCGGGCCUCUGAAACUCGAUAUCAACACCGCGACCAACGAACUGGACUUCGUCUUCCGGUCUCCAAAGAACAAGAAACUUACUGGUCACUCGAGCCGCUCAAUUGGCUAUGUCGGUGAUACACGCAGCGAGAAACACCGUACCGAAGACGGGAUCUUCGCUGAGAGACAGGGAUACAUGCUCAUGGGCCUAGAUCUAGGCGUUGGCGAAAAGGUCUACGGACUAGGUGAGCGGUUCGGACCAUUCGUGAAAAACGGACAGACAGUCGAUAUCUGGAAUGAGGAUGGUGGUACCUCGUCCGAGCUGGCAUAUAAGAACAUCCCGUUCUAUAUGUCCUCGAAGGGGUAUGGUGUUUUUAUCAACCAUCCGGGAAAAGUGAGUUUGGAAGUUCAGUCUGAGCGGACAACGAGAGUCAGUAUCUCGGUUCCGGGUGAGGAGAUUGAAUAUUUUGUUGUGUAUGGUGAGACGCCUAAAGAUGUGUUGAGACGAUAUACGGGGUUGACUGGGCGGCCUGGGCUUGUGCCGUCUUGGAGUUAUAAUUUGUGGUUGACGACUAGUUUCACGACGAACUAUGAUGAGCAGACGGUGACUGGGUUCUUGGAUGGGUUCCGAGACCGUGAUAUCCCGCUUGGUGUGUUUCACUUUGACUGUUUCUGGAUGAAGUCUUAUCAGUGGUGUGAUUUUGAAUUUGAUACGGAAAUGUUCCCUGAUGCUGGAGGGUAUUUGAAGCGGCUAAAAGAGCGUGGUUUGCGGAUAAGUGUGUGGAUUAAUCCGUACGUGGGACAGGCGUCGCCGCUCUUUGAGGAGGGAAAGAAGAAUAGUUAUUUCAUCAAGCGCACCGAUGGAUCCGUCUGGCAAUGGGAUUUGUGGCAGGCUGGAAUGUCCGUUGUGGAUUUCACCAACCCAGACGCAUGUCGCUGGUACACUGGCCAUCUCCAGCGACUCAUGGAUAUGGGCGUGGACAGUUUCAAGACCGAUUUCGCGGAGCGGAUUCCCACAAAGGGAAUUAAGUACCACGAUAACUCGGACCCUGAGAGGAUGCACAACUACUACGCGCUCCUCUACAACCGCAUCGUGUACGAGACACUUCAAGCAGGCGUAGGACACAACCAGGGCCUUCUAUUCGCCCGCAGUACCGCUCCUGGCGGCCAGAAAUUCCCCGUACACUGGGGUGGAGACUGCGAGAGCACGUUUGAAGCCAUGGCCGAGUCUCUUCGCGGUGGACUCAGUCUCAUGCUGUGUGGAUAUAUCUUCUGGGCAUCUGAUAUUGGUGGGUUCGAAGGAACCCCACCUCCAGCACUAUAUAAGCGAUGGGUACAGUUCGGGCUCUUGUCAUCUCAUUCCCGGCUCCAUGGAUCGUCGUCGUUCCGAGUCCCUUGGAUUUAUGGCGAGGACUGCUCGAUUGUCCUGAGAGAAUGUGUGAAGCGGAAGAUUCUGCUUACUCCUUAUAUCCUGCAGGAAGCGCUGAGAGGACAUCGAGAUGGCACGCCGCUGAUGCGACCUCUUUUCUUAGAGUUUCCGGAGGAUCUGAAUACGUAUGCUGUUGAUACGCAGUAUAUGUUUGGAUCGAAUUUGCUGGUUGCGCCUGUUUUCUCAGAGGAGGGUGAAGUCACCUUUUAUGUACCAAAGAUUGAGGGUGCCGACGGGAAGUGGGUUUCGUGGUUUGAUCAUUCGAAGUCUUAUGAGGCCGGUCAGUGGUAUACUGAGACUCAUGACUUUAAUACGUUGCCUAUUCUUGUUCGUCCAGGGUCGGUGACAAUGAUCAAUCCUACACUCAAGGCACCGGAGGAUGAUGCACUGUCUGGCAUUCAAUUGUUGGUGAAUGGCCGUUUAGCCGGGGAAACAACUGUGGAAGUCGUAAACCCAAGUCAGACGGACGUGGUCUUGAAGAAAAUUCAUCUCUCGCUCGCUGAAGAUGGAAAGACCAUUCGGUGUGAGGGACAGAUUGAAGUCAUAAGUAUCGAGACGGAGUGA